AUGCAUCAUACGCUGUACCAAGCCAGAAGACGCUUUUUGAAGCUUAUGCAGAAAGAGGUGGACAACAUUGACGAAGAAAAUAGGAGGCUUUGCUCUGGUGAUUCUCGAGUCGCAAUAACAACUGAUGCAUGGACUUCCAAGAAUGCUUCUUGUUCUAUGCUAGCAAUCACGGGACAUUCACUGAACAAGAACUUUUCCGAAAGAGUCAAUGUCGUCCUAGACUGCAUUCCCUUGGAUGAGGAGAGCCACACCAGUGAGCUAAUCGAGCUCAAGAUCUCCCAAAGCUUUUCGAAUAUCGGUAUCUCAAAGGAAAGCAUAUGCUUCAUGGUUGCCCAUGGUGCGACGGUUAUGGUCAAAGCAGCCUCGGAUCUGGACAUCCCAUACAUCCAUUGUUGCGCGCAUGUCAUCAACUUAGCUGUAUCGGCAUCUCUCAGUUCCAACGUUUGUGCAUCCGCUCUAAAGAGAGUAAAAUCUCUUGUUGCCAAGUUGAAUAAAAGUGGGAAGAUGAAGAAGGCAUUUAAAAGGUUUUUGAACGAAGAUAACCUUCCGUGCGUGAUCCCUAUGAACGACUCUCCAACGAGAUGGUCUUCCACCUAUUUCAUGCUAUGCGACUUUUUGAAUGCAAUGCCCGCAGUUGAAAAGCUGAUUACAUCAUUUGACUUAUCCCCGCUUGAGGAUAAAGAGCUUCGCAUCUUAAAGGCAAUGAGAACGUUUUUACAACCAUACCAAGCUAUGACCAGUCAGGUCUGCUUUCAAUCCUCAUGUUGUUCUAUGUACAUUCCAGUUGGCAAGUUACUGAUCGCAAAAACCGAAGAGUAA